AUGGAACCUGGGGCGAGCGGCGCGUUCGAGUGUACGUACACCUCGCAGAAGACGAAGAAGGCCAAAUCCUGGAAAGAUGGCGUAUGUACAUGUCAGGCGAGGAACGGAUUUCUGCGGCUUCUGCUCUUUGCUGCGGAGGAGGAGGCGACGCCGACGGGAGAGACACGACUUCGCAGAAAAGGAGAGCCUCUGGAUUCGCAUGAAACUCCUUUACAGCCUUUGGAAGCUCUUGUCGACGAGGACCUCGAGUUCCCUCUCCACCUCGUUCAAUUGAUUCGCCUGCUUCCUCCGCCACCCACGCGACCUCCGCAAAAGAGGCCUUUCUCUAGUCAACUCUCUCAAAGGCCGUAUCCCCCAAGCGUCGGAACUACUAGACGCUUUCCUUUUUCGUCUCCCGCGUCCGUCUCUUCCUGUCCUUCUUCAUCUUCGUCUGCGUCUUCUUUCUCUUGUUCGUCAUCCUCCAUCUCCUCCUUCUGCUCGAAGGCGGGAGCUCCUCACUGGAAUUCGGCUGAAACCGCCUCGAGCGAAAAUGCGUCUCAGGCUCUUCCCCGCCGACCGCGGUUCCGCAGUCGGGGUGGACUCUUCAGUUCUCGAGUGCGGAUCGCUUCUGAGACUGCCAUUUCUCCCUCAGAGUCGCGACCGGGUGACGCUCUUUCACCCUCUUGCCACAGUGGCCGCCUCUCCUCUCUUCUGCCUCCACAGAGGGAAUUGGACAUGCCGCGCGAACCUGAAGCCGUGCAACAGGCUCGCGCGGCAGAUCCGCGUUUCUCCUGCUCCUCCUCCACCCUCGCCGGCGAGUCCCUCGAGUGUACAUACACCCCAAAGCCUCGCGACCACACGCAGACAGCAGUCUGGGAGCCAGCGCGCAAGGCGUUUGUCCCGCCGUUCGCUUCUCGAAGCACCAGUGUUUCUUCGGUCUCUCUUUCUUCUCCGUCUUCUGGACGGUCGUCUUCUGAAACUGCCGAGCCGCGGGUGGCGGCCGCGAGGUGUCGAUACACCUCGGAGGCGUCUCUGUCUCGUCGCGACGCGCUGUCGACGUCGAGCGGCGUACGUCCUUCCCGAGAAGACUGCGAAGCUCAGUCAGACCGGGUUUCUCCGCGCGCUUCACCAAACACAGGCGACGCGCUCCAGGCGCCCUUCGCGGCUUCUUGUCCAGCCUUUCAGCGGUUUCCGAACCACACGAGUGAGGCUUCCUUCGCCUCUCAGGCCAUGCGAGACGCCCCAGGGAGGACGCGAAAGCCCGACGCAGGUGCUGCGUUGCCUGCGCUGAAGUCGGAGGGGAACCAGGCAGGGACCGGCAACGAGAAAGACGAAACGAAGUGUGAGAGGCUGCAUGGAAGCGACGGAGAGGACGCGGAGCCAAAUGCCAGCAUCGAAAGAGACGGGGGAAGAAGAGGAAGCGACGAACAGAAAGAUCUCAGCGGCACAGACACCAGCGGCAGAGAACUCGUCACGCGAUUCUUUGCAAGGCUCGCCACAGAAUCGCUUCUUCAAGAAAUGGGUGAGAAGAGGUGGCGGUGGACCGAACACUGCUCGUCUCUCUGGGCAGACGUCCCUGCUUCUUUUUCUCCUUUCUCGGUGGAGACGGAGAGCUUGUCUCGGAGCGAGACAAGAGCAAGAGAAAGAGAGAACAUUUGUCUCGACGAACGACUCCACGAAGAAGAGUGCGAAAGCUUCAAAGAGACACUCCUCUUUCUCUCGCUCUUUGAGGCACACGGAGCUGCAAAUCCGUUCGAUGACCAUUCCGGUUUCCGCUCUCACACAGAUGGCGAAUGCCUCAGGAAAGAAAAGCGAGAAGUCGACUACCUGAAAACACAAGCCCGCUCUGAAAAGCUCGGUUCCUUCUCUUCCUCUGCUCAGUCUUCGACUUUUCCCUUCUCUUCUUCCUCGUGUUCUUUCUCUUCUCCGUCGUCGUCUUCUCUCUCGUCUUCCUCGUCUUCUUCUCUUUCGUCUCCUUCGUCUUCUUCUCUUUCGUCUUCUUCGUUCUCUUCUUCUUGCUCCGUUGCGCAAUCUGCAGCUUUUGCGGGUUGUGGAGAAGGCCGGGAUUUGGUGGAAGAUGACACUUUUGAUCUUCUUGAAGCUCCAGAAGUCCUCUCGCCUCGAGUCGAAGGAGACGAGAAGGCGCUGCCGCUGCUCUCAGCUCAAGAACAGGCGUGUGAGGAGACUCUUGCUGCAAGAACGAGAGAAGAGGUCUCGACAGAGCAAGUCUUACAGAGAAGAGACCCGUCACGGGGGAGACUCCGGCCUUGGACUCGCCCGAGGCUCUCCUCCCAGAGUCGAGGAGACAAAGGAGAUACCGGAGACAAAGGAGGUACAGGAGGCAGAGGGAAGGAAGCAGACAGAAGAGAAGGCGGAAAAAGCGGAAGAGGCAGUGAAGGGAGAAACACGAGUGAAUCACAAGAAUGUGAAGUUCCGCUCUCCAGCGUCGAAGCGUCUCUUCCCCUCUCUUGCGGGACUGGCGGAAGAUACGUCCCCAGCAUGGAAAUCCCUCGACCUUCUGCGGUGUAUGGACACCGCGCAGAAGGCAAGGCCUUUUCCAGUGCACGCAGCGUCUCUUUUUGGUCUUCUCUGCGACACGGUCGCACCCACGGUUUCUCUGCCAACAAGCGGUUCGUUGUGGAGACAGAGAGAGAUACUAAAGAAGAGACCCAGCAGGCAACUAGUCUCAACGCAGCCUGCGUUCGCCGCCCCUCUUUCUGCCCUCCCUUUGCCAAGGGCAAGGCAUCGUACCGCGUCCCGCUUCCCGGGCAUCAUCCACCUCACGUUCUCGCGUCUCAAGGAGCUUCUGGAGCUUCUCUGUCUCCUUCGCGUUCCCUGUCUCGCCGUUCCUCCCAAACGCCUGCAACCCUGCCAGCGACGCUCCUGUCUCCGAGGAAGGAAGAAGAGGAACUGCCUGCCUUCCGCCCUCUCGCCUCGUUUCCUGCGAACGCACAGACUACUCGACUGUCUUCGAUCCUCCCGCUGCGUUUCGCCAUCCCCCAAGACCCAAGUAAAGUCGCCCCCCUGCUCGUCCGCCAGUGCAUGCGCGGCGCCGUGGACUCUGCCUUAUGGAGGAUGACCAGGGGCGAGGAUCAGCUCGAGAACUAUUGCCUGUCUCUCUUCAACUCGGUCGCUCUCCAGAUCCACGGGACCGUCGUCGAGCUCGCCGCCAGCCUUCAACCCGUCCUGUACGGAAAAGACUCUUCAGCACCUGCGGCUGCGCCUCUUUCUUCUGCUGCCCCUUUGAGAGAAAGGCCUGCACAAAGUGUCUCCGGCCCGUGUCUCCUCGCCUCCGGCAUUCGCCUGCAAGUUUGGGCGUCUUCCCCCCCUCUCGAGCGCGCGGCUGCGUUGGCGGCGCGUCUGAAACUGAAGAAGCAGCGAGAAGUACGGCGGCGCAGACAGCAAGCACGAGAGGCGGAAGGGCGUCAGAAGCUGCGACGGAAACUGCAUGCGCUUGGGGGCCGGCGCCGAGUCUCGAGCGACGAAGAAGAGUCCGAGAAGGACGCAGAGACAGAGGAGACAGACACGGCGGACCGAGAUCAAAGUGGAGCAGAUGAAGAGGACGUCGGGACUGAGGCGCGCCCGCGCUACUUCCUCGACUUCGCAAACUGUACAGUACAUACACUGGGUCUCCCCGACCACGAUCGAGCUGCGCCGUCGUCGCAUGCGUGGCGAGCUUCUGCGACAUCUUCGCCUUUCUCGGACCCGAUCGCCGUCCUCCAGAAAACGGUUUCGCGCGGGGACUUGUGGGCCGUCACUGCCAACGACGACUGGACGCACCCCUCGCAAGUGUUGCUCUGCCGCUCCUGCUGGAAAGGCCUGCAUCCUCGCUCCGGCACACUGGAAGUCGAACUCCUUCGUCUCUCGUCUUCUGCCUCUUCUCUCUCUGCGUCUUGCUCGUCGACUACCUCGACGGAGAUGGAGCCUCUCGCCGAGGCAUGCCCUGUCUGGUUGCCGCGGCUGCUGCGAGAAACUCGAGAGGAGAGAACAAGAGAGACGCCGGGAAAACUGCGUCUCUCCGCCAUGCUGCUCGGAAACUUCUCGAACGAAUUUGCCGCAGUCGAAGGCAUCGAGAGACUCUGGAAAGCUACGAAGGUCCCGCUGCCGGUGCUCGCUGGCGGCGGCAGAGCCUCUGAGAGAGAGGCGUUGUCUUCUGCUUCGCUGCCUUCCGAGGCUGCAGGUGACGCUCGCCUCGUGUGUUUAUCGCAUGCAUUGCUUUCCUCGUUCUGUCAAAGAACGGCACGAGUCGCUGAGGAAGGGAAGGCAGACGCAGCGCCCGAGCCGUCCGUCGUCUUCCACUCUGACGGAGAAGAAGGUGGAGAUUUACAUCCUCGCCUGCAGUCCAUUCCUCUCAAUAUGAGUUCUCGGGAGGCGGAGCAUAUUCUGCGCGAGGCGAUUUCUCCGAACGAAAGCCGAAUGCACAAGCUGAACGACGAGCAGCAAGCGGUGCUGCUGGCCAUCAGUCGCUGGUUCGCGUACACGGACGGCCGGCGCCCGUUCCAGUCUCUUUUGCGAAAGAAGAACGCCAAGGAGGGGGGAAGCCGGAGAGCAGGUUCGCCGCGCAGUCCUCACGAGAGGCGCCGGGAGGAGAGGCGAAGACACAGAGAUGAGAAAAAGAAGAGAAGAGAAAAUGCGCUCGAAUCUAGCGCAGAAUGCCCACCGAGGAUAGCAGCGGGAGAGAGAAAUGAAGACGACGAUGGGGAAGGAGAGGGAGGAGGAGGAGAAGGAGAAGAGAGAGAAGAAGAAGAAUGGCAGAGGAGAGAUGAACUAGAAGAAGAAGGAGUCGAGUCCCCAGGGGGACAGGCGGGCGAGGCGCUUGGACUUGAAAGCAAACGUGGUGGAAGCGGUCGUAGAAACGACUCGUCUCAAGCGCUCGAGGACGGGAGGUCUGAGCACAUUUUGCCUGGCAGGGAAAUUCAGAAUCAGAGUCAAAGCACGCAACUCGAAUCGAGAUUUCAUUCUCGAGCAAACAGCGAUUUCUCACGCUUUCACCUCGAGGAAAGGCGUCCGAGAGAGAGCGAAGCCACCAAGAGACGAGAAAUAACAAGCGAUACAGGGGCGACGUAUCUGAAGGAUGGUCGCCGAAACUGCUUCCACCCGGCCUCCUCGUCUGCUUCGUCUUUGUGUCUCUCUUGUGACUUCGGUUGUUCUUCGUCUUCAAGAGAGGCAUCUCCAGGAACGAAAGGUCCACGUGUACACGGAGGAGAGGCAGGCGAGGGGAGACUGAGGAGACAAGCACCAGCAGGCGGGAGUGAAGCUCGCGCUUCUUCGCCGACUCUGUCGAGACAGCGAAGAAGCAAGAAGAGAAAGAUUUGCGCGCCGGGGCCUCACGGCGACGCGAGCGAAAAUGGUGAAGACUUCAUUGCAGGUCGCAACGGAGAGAAGGUGCGAAACGGACGACAGGAAGACGAAACGCAAACCGGCGAAACGACAGAGAAAGAAGACUUUGAAGACGCUCUGCGGCUUCUCAAUUGCAGCCGACGACGCACGGACGCGCCGCCAUUUCUGCUGGUCCAGGGUGUCUUCGGAGCUGGCAAAAGUUCUCUCCUUGCAGCUGCUCUGGCGACGCUUUCGAGGCUGUUGACUGCAGCGAAGAAUAAGAGUCACAUUUUGCUGGUUUGCGUGACGAACGCCGCGCUCGACUCGGUUCUCCUCAAGCUCCGCUUCGAGUGUAUGUACACUGACUUUGUGCGCAUCGGCCGCCUCUCUGAAACCCAUCCGCUUCUCCUCCCUCACGCCGUGUCCAGCAGCAAAGACCGCGCUUUCGCACUCCAGGAGUGGAAGCGCCUCUUGCAUCAAUUCCUUGUGACCGACUCUACGCGAGCCUCCAAAUCCCCGGGGCCUCUCGCACCCUCGCGCAGGCCUUCUUCCUCUCCGAGUUCUGCGUCUUCUGUUCCGGCUUGUUUGGACAUGCACAAGCGCGUCGGCGACCAAGAACAGCCAGAAGAGCUUUCUGUGUCUGCCAUGGCUGCGACUCUGCUGGCGAGGAUCGAGGAAGGCACAUUUCCUCCCACAGUCCCGCAGUGGAGGCGCGCCCGGCUGUUUGCGGCUACGUGUAGCACGGCUGCUUGCGCGGACGUCUUCCUCUCUUCUCCCGGCCUUGCGAUUCCGUUCGUCUUUCUGGACGAAGCCACACAGGCACCGGAGACUCAGGUUGUCUCCAUCUUGUCGCGCUUCGCCUCGCAGCGUCUCCUCCAAGUUGGAGACUGUAACCAACUGCCGCCCGUCGUCAAGUUUCCGCGAGUUCCGUUCUGCUCCUCCUUCUUCUCCCGCGUGCUCCCCACUCUCUUGAAGCAAGAACGGCGCGCUGCGGCGAAGGACGCGGAGACGCGGGCAUGCCAAAGAGCCAAAGGGACAGGGCCUUUCCCCUCCGUUUCGCAGCCCAACGGCGAGGCGGGGAGAGACGAAGGCGAAGGUGACGGCGGUGGACAUGGGACAGCCUCUCUUCUCGGCCUGGAAGAGACAAGCGAGAAGCAGGCCACUGCGGAUCUGAAGAAGCGAGCGAGAAGAAAGAAGCCGAAGCCUGUGUCGCGAGACAGCGGCGAGAGUGGGCGAGAAGCUUCUUCGGGGUCGCCGCCGCGCUCUGUGUCUUCGCGGUCUCGAGGCGCCUCGCGCUUCUGCAGUGCCGUUUUGUUUUUGAGGUCGCAGUAUCGCUGCCACCCUGUGAUUGGCCGGCUCUGCAGUCGACUCUUUUACGGCGAGGACUACGUGAAGAACGGUGUGUCAGAACUCGCGAGGCUCCCUCCUCUCCCCUCCUCGUUCCGCGGGCCUCUCUGCUGCGUAAGCAUCCGCGACAGUCUCGAACGUCGAGAGGGCAAGAGCUUUGUCAACUGGAAAGAGGCCUUUGUCGUCGCGUCCAUCAUCCAGAAUCUCCUAAAAUCGUCUUCCAUCUUCGAGUUGAAACAACGAAUGGACCCCUCAACAGACGUUCUCUCUCCUCAGUCAGUGUCUCUCUCUGGUUCCCUGGCUUCUCCUCUUGCUUCUCCUCUCGCUUCUCCUGUCGCCGCUUCUAUUCUCACUUCUUCUCUCUCGUCUUCUCUCUCUUCUUCGUGUUCUUCUUCUCUCGCUUCUUCGCUGGCGUCGUCUUUCACAGCGCGACGGCUGCAUGCGUCGGAUGUUGGAGUGAUCUGUUUGUAUCGGAGCCAAGUCGCAUGCGUCGAGAGUGCCCUGAAGAAAGUGCUCCCAGCCGCGGUCGUGAAGGAAAUUCAGAUCUCGACCGUCGACGCAUUUCAGGGAGGCGAGAAGGAGGUAGUUCUGCUCUCCUGCGUGAGGACGACGGCAGCGUUUCUCGAGCGCAGAGCCGAGAGAGAACAGAACAGCUUCAGACGAGCAGGCCCAGGCCAAGUUCCGGCGCGCCCGCCGGCUCCCGACGAAGCGGGAGGAGCGCCGAACCACGUGUACGUACACCAGGAACUGCAUGCAAGGCCGGGCACACCCUUAAGCUGCGCAGAGACGGGAGAAGGCAAGUUCCAUAUACAGGGGAAAGGCGAAGCGGUCAGUGGGCCAGAGGCAGGUCCCCGAAACGCGCGGCAAAACCUGUGGAGCGUUUCGCGUUCGGCCACAGCGAAACAGCAGGCGAGCUGCAGUUCUGGCGGCCAGGAGGGAGCUUUGAAGCGGAAGGGAAGCGCAGAGAGCGAGUUAGUAGGCACUCUUCGUCUUUUGCAGGACGACCCGGGGGAGGCGGACGGAGGCGGAGGGAGCGCCGACAAAGGGAAGGACUUUGUCAACUGCAGGAAAAGGAUGAACGUCGCGUUCAGCCGGGCAAGACGGCAACUCGUGAUCGUCAGUCAUCAGGCGCUCUUUCAGAGCGACCCCGCUUGGCGUGAGGUCUGGAACUCGAGCGUCAAACUCUUUCUUUGA